AUGAAUGUCCUUCUAGUCGGCAACGGCGCGCGCGAACACGCCAUUGCUUGGAAGCUGUCCCAAAGUCCAAUGGUCGGGCUGCUGUUCGUCGCGCCGGGCAACGCUGGAACCUACUCCGUCGCCCGAAAUGUCCCUAUUGGCGCAGACGACAUUCCCGCUCUUCUCGAUUUUGCUUGUGACAACGCCAUUGACCUUACAGUGGUGGGACCCGAAGCCCCGCUAGCAGAGGGCAUCGUCGAUGCUUUCACGAGUGCCGGGCUACUCGCCUUCGGCCCCACCAAAGACGCAGCCCGCAUCGAAAGCAGCAAGGCUUUCGCUAAGUCGCUCAUGGCGGACUGCGCCGUUCCCACCGCAAUGUCCGAUACCUUCACUGACUUUGAAGGAGCCAGAGCGCACCUCGACACCUGCCCUAUUCCUAUCGUGGUCAAGGCUGACGGUCUCGCCGCCGGCAAAGGCGUAACCGUCGCGCAGACCCGCGAACAGGCAUACACAGCCAUACGCGAGUCAAUGCUCGAACGGCAAUUUGGCGCGGCAGGCGACACCGUUGUCAUUGAAGAGUGCUUGGAAGGCCAGGAGGUCAGCGUUUUCGCCUUCGUUGACGGCGCGUAUGUCUCACCGAUGGUUGCGGCAUGCGACUACAAGCGCGUCGGCGACGGCGACACCGGCCCCAACACCGGAGGCAUGGGCAGCUUCAGUCCACCCCUUCCGCAGCACUGGAACGCCGCUAUCGAAUCACAGGUUCGCAGCGCCAUUAUGGAGCCUGUCACCCAAGGCUUGGUGAACAUGGGAUGCCCAUAUCGCGGCCUGCUCUAUCUCGGCAUGAUGCUCACCACAGACGGGCCCAGAGUUGUGGAGUUCAAUUGCAGGCUUGGCGACCCGGAGACACAGGUUAUAUUGCCGCGUCUCGAAACAGACCUCGCGCAAGUGCUCCUCGCAACGGCGCGCGGCGAGCUUGAAGGCAUGAAGAUUGAGUGGGACAGCCGCGCCUGCGUCGGCGUGGUCGCUGCCUCUGGCGGCUAUCCCGCCUCCUACACCACCGGCUACGCAAUCAGUGGCAUCGACGCCGUUGACCAGGACGCAAUCGUGUUCCACGCCGGCACAUCGCUUGCCGACGACGCCACCGUAACCGCCGGCGGUCGCGUGCUCACCGUAGCCGCGCUCGGCGACACACUUGAGCAAGCGCGCGCCACCGCCUACGACAACAUCAAACGCAUCACAUUCAAGGACGGCUUCUAUCGCAACGACAUAGCCGCGCUAUAG